AUGGCCGCCGGCGACGUCGCGACGGUGUUCCUCGAGAUGAGCCUCGGCACCCGCCUCGCCGUCUCCUUCCCCGCCUCCUCCACCACCGUCGCCGACCUCAAGCGCAGAGUGAGCCAUGAGCACGCCGCAUGUUUCCCCCACCUUGGCCAGAUCGCCGUCCAAUCCAUCAAGAUCGAGCACGGAAGGUCGUGGUUCCACCUCGCCGACUCCAUGGCCGUCCGGGACGCUUUCCUGUUCCAAGGGAUCAACGAACGCUGGCACCUGCAGGUAGACGCAUCUCUGCAAGUUGACCAAGGGAUGGUCACCCAGGGACACAGCGGCGGCGCAGACUCUGCAAAUCACUCUGCACCUGCGCCUGGUCGUGGCCAUGGAUGCGAGGGGUCGUCGAGCAGGAGGUGCCGCAAGACAUCAAGCUCUGAUGAGAUGCUGCCUGAUCAGGUUGAAGCUGAAGCUCAAGCUCAAGUCACCCCCAGUGAAAGGGAGCAGCCAUUGACAGGCAAGGGCGAAGGAAGCAGCGACGGGGCAGAACAAGACAGAGAGCAGGGGGCAUGGGGGAGAAGGCUGCGGCCGAGGACCCAUGUUGGUAAAACACCAAUUACUUUGUCAAGCGGCAGCAGCAGCAGCUCAGAGUCGGAGGAAAUGGACACCAACACCGUCGGCGGCGGCAGCAGCAGCAGCUCCGAGUCGGAGGAAAUGGACAUCAACACCGUCGUCGACGCGCCGGCGCCGCAGUUCGUCGUCGAGCUCAAGAAAUGCCACUUUGUCAAGCAGAAUGGGCAGUACCUGAACGUGCCGAUGGAGUUCGGCAUUGUGCACCGGUACACGGAGAAGAAGAAGGUGCUGCUGCGGAUGGGGGGCGACUCGUGGGCCGUCAGCCUGAAGCACGGCCUUACGUCUACCGGCAGGCCCCGCACGUCCCUCCGGUACGGGUGGCAGCAGUUCCGCGUCGACAACCGCCUCCGCGUGGGCGAGACCUGCUUCUUCCGAGCCCUCCCCGGGGACGGCGGCGGCGAUCACCAUGUGCUCAAGGUGGAGGUGCGCAGGCUAGACGGCAGCUACGCCACCUGA